AUGUCUACUCCGCCUAGUUCUUGCCCUCCUAGCUCUUCCCCAUCACCGUCAUCAUCUCGCUCGGCGUCAGCAGCGUCGUCCAGCCCGCCGCGAACACCACCCAACCUCCACCAAAACACCAUCGACCCGGAAGCGAAAUGGCUCGUGCAGAAGUUUGGAGGGACGAGUGUAGGAAAGUUUGCGGCAAAGAUCGCGGAUGACAUCGUUGCAGAGUACAUCGACCAGCACAAGGUCGCCAUCGUCUGCUCGGCACGAUCUGGUUCUACCAAGGCGCUGGGCACCACGAACCUCCUUUUGCGUGCAGCGAAGGAAGCCCUUCAGCGCACAAACAGCCCGUCAGAGACACCGGGACAUAUGACACCCGCCCUCUUCUCAAGAACAUCGCAGGCACAGUCACCUGUGGACAGCCCACGAGGACGGAGCACGUCCUCGCCCCGCAUGGAUCCCGUCUCUCCUGGGGGUGCCCUGAACAUGUCCUCCACGAGCUCAAAGUCAAGUCCUUUCAGCGAGACGGUCGGUCUCAUCCGUUCAGAGCACAUCACAGCUGCUCGCUCGUCAGUCCGGAACGCUGAGCUCUUGCGCGAGCUCGAGAUGGAGAUCGAGCGGGACUGUGACUCAUUACGUUCGUUCUUGUUUGCAACCCAGGUCAUCGACGAGAUCUCGCCGAGGUCACGCGAUACCAUUAUUGGCUUUGGGGAACGAUUAUCGUGCAAGGUUAUGACUGCUAUCCUCAGGGAUCGAGGAAUCGAUGCCGAGUAUGUCAGCCUCGAGAACAUUGUCCCGCUCUCCGAGGAAGAGUCCUAUGCGGGCACAGAGACACUCGGCCAAGAGUUUUAUGACCGAGUUGCUGAGGCUGUGAGCGAGCGCAUCCGACAAUGCGAGCCUCGCGUGCCUGUGGUCACUGGCUACUUCGGCCCCGUCCCGGGCUCUCUCCUACGGCAAGUCGGUCGCGGAUACACCGACCUCCUCGCCGCACUACUCGCCGCCGGGCUCGGUGCGUCCGAGCUGCAGAUCUGGAAGGAGGUCGACGGGAUCUUUACGGCGGACCCGCGCAAGGUGCCCACGGCGCGGCUCAUCCCGAUCAUCUCGCCCGAGGAGGCGGCGGAGCUGACGUACUACGGGAGCGAGGUCGUGCACCCGUUCACGAUGGAGCAGGUCAUCCGGCGGCGCAUCCCCAUCCGCAUCAAGAACGUCGAGAACCCGCAGGGCGGGGGCACCGUCAUCCACCCCGACCCCGACAUCGACGCCGCGCCAUACGCGGAGGAGGCGGGCAUCCCGAUCCCCGGCACGAACACUGUCUUCCGCCCGCUGGGCGACCUGCACGUGGCGAGAGAUGAAAGGAAGCUCCCGACGGCGGUCACGAUUAAGGAGCGCAUCGUCGUGCUGAACGUGAACUCGAACCGUAAGAGCGUGUCGCAUGGCUUCCUCGCGGGCGUGUUCGGCACGCUCGACCGCUACGGCGUCGUCGUCGACCUGAUCAGUACGAGUGAGGUGUACGUCAGCAUGGCCAUCGAGGACAACCUUGAUAAGAAGCUCCUUGACCGGGUCGUGCGCGAACUCAAAAAGAGCGGAACGGUGACGGUGAGCAGAGACAUGGCUAUCCUGUCUCUGGUGGGCAAGAGGAUGCGGAACAUGGUUGGCAUCGCGGGGCGCAUGUUCACGACGCUGGGAGACGGGAAGGUUAAUAUCGAGAUGAUCAGCCAGGGUGCGAACGAGAUCAACAUCUCGUGUGUCAUCGACGCGCGCGACGCGGUCAAGGCGCUCAACCUCAUCCACCAAAGCUGUUUGCAGAUCAGACCAGACGGCGCCAGAGGACGCAUGGGUCCAUGGUUGUUCUGA